CCACUUCCGUUCGGUGGGAACAGCCGCUCGACCGGAAUUCGAAUGUCACGUGAGAAGAGGGGACGCUCUCCUGCUCGAUGGUAAAACUUUGGCGCUUGCGCACCGGGCUUGGCUGGACCGUACAACGCGUUUGCGUGAAGGAUGGCAGCGCCCGGGAGCGUGGAAGAGAUGCGGACCCGCGUGGUUCUGGGCGAAUUCGGUGUUCGCAAUGUCCACACAACAGAUUUUCCUGGGAAUUAUUCAGGAUACAAUGAUGCUUGGGAUAAGCAAAGAUUUGAAAAGAAUUUCAGAAUAGAUAUGAUCCAUAUGGAUGAAAGUACUUUGGAAUUUGACAUGGUGGGGAUUGAUGCAGCCAUUGCUAAUGCUUUCCGACGGAUCUUGCUUGCUGAGGUGCCAACCAUGGCUGUGGAGAAGGUCUUUGUAUACAACAACACCUCCAUUGUACAGGAUGAAAUCCUAGCUCACCGUUUAGGACUGAUUCCUAUUUGUGCAGAUCCUCGUCUCUUUGAGUACAAGAGUGAAGAAGAUGAAUGUGAUGAAAUUAACACACUGCAGUUUCGGUUGAAAAUAAAAUGCAGCAAGAAUCUUCAGGCGGCUAGAGAAUCAUCUGAUCCUAAUGAGCUCUAUAUCAACCAUAAAGUUUACAGCAAACACAUGGAGUGGGUACCACUAGGAUCUCAGGCUGACAACAUGAAUGCAAAUUUCCGACCUGUCCACGAUGAUAUCCUCAUUGCACAGUUGCGUCCUGGCCAAGAGAUCGAUGUACUUAUGCACUGUGUAAAAGGCAUUGGCAAAGACCAUGCCAAAUUUUCUCCAGUUGCCACAGCCAGUUACCGUUUGUUGCCAGAAAUCACUUUAUUGCAGCCUGUUGAAGGGGAAGCAGCUGAGCGGCUGAAAAAGUGUUUUUCUUCUGGAGUUAUUGAGAUUGAGGAAAUCAGAGGAAAGAAAGUAGCAAGAGUAGCUAAUGCUCGAUUGGACACAUUCAGUAGAGAAAUUUUUCGUCAUGACGACUUAAAAAACCUUGUACGUUUGGCUCGGGUGCGAGAUCAUUACAUCUUCUCUGUAGAAUCCACAGGCAUCUUGCCUCCAGAUGUGCUGGUAAGUGAAGCAAUCAAAGUACUAAUGGGAAAAUGCCAACGCUUCUUAGAGGAGCUAAAAGCCAUCCAGAAGAAAUAAAUUUGGGAAGACAAGAGACUCUUGUGGGGAAAUACCGCUAUCAAAAUCCUUCCUGAUUUGAAGAGGAACAAGAUUGCAUCAGUCUGUAAGAUAAUGACCCUUCUGAGAUGUCAAAGAACAGUGGUUGCUGAACCAUUACUAUUGUCAUUUACACAACAUGGACACAACUGAAAUUCAGGAUAACAAAGUGCCCUGUGUACUAUUUGUGGUCCGGCAAUGGUGGAUGCCAUUCUUUGAUAAGGCUUUGCAAUCAUGUGUACACGGAGACUCCUAGAGUGAACUGUACAAUUUCCUGUGUUAGCCUUAGUUUCCAUUACAAUAGUGGGGUAGAAAUCUUACCUGUGUAAGCUGUGUUUGCUGAUCUGGUACUAUAUACUACGACAGUGUUUCACGAUUUAGCACCUAUCUACUUGAUGUAUAUAGUUCCUAUAGUCAACAAAAAAAAUCCCCAAGUCAGUUGAUCUGUGCCUGAGCUGUAGUUUUCUGCUUCAAUGUCCAUGAAAAUACUUGAUUCUUUCAAGAAUUUAAAUCCUGUUAACUGUCGUUAUUUACAUUUAUGUAUAUUUGUACAUUGUACAUUAUGUACAUUUAUGUAUAUCGGUAUUAUAUGCUGGUCUAAAAUAUUUAUUCCUAAUGUUCUCUCACUACAUUUACCGUGUUUUCCCGAAAAUAAGACCCUUAUAUUUUUUGAACCCUGAAAUACGCGCUUGGCCUUAUUGCCAUGCACUCAAAAGCUCGAUUGGGCUUAUUAUCAGGGGAUGUCUUAUUUUGGGGGACACGGUAUUUUAAAAGAUUAUUUUUAGUUACUGGGACACAUGUCUCAGUAACUAAAGUAGGGAAAGACCUCCUUGAAUAUUCCUCCCACCCUUAAGUAUGGAUUCCAAUUGUUUUCAAAGUUAAGGAAGUACAUUUCAACUAUUUUCUGACAAAACCCGAAUAUCCUUCCAGUUUAAUCCAUUAUUCAUUGAUAGAAAAAUUCUAAUUGAAACAGGAGAGAAAAUGCCUAUUGAUAAAAUAGUUGAAAUAGAAAAUUAAGCUGCAAGAAAUCAUCUCAACAGGAAUAUUGUUGUGUAUAAGUCUUUGAAGUAUGUGAGCCAAAUAUAUAACCUUUGGUGGCACAUAAAAUUAUGAAGAGUAGAAGGCCCAGAACAUGAAUUGCUCUGGUUCCUUAUGCUACUUUGUCAUCAAAAAUGUUAUUUUUAAUUUAUUAAACAAUCCUAUUAGC